GAAAGCAGAAACAGAUUAAGUACAUCUUCAAACAUCCGCAAAAUGGUUCGCCACUGCGCCGUUCGGGGUUGCAACAAUACCGAUAUGUCUACCCUGUGCCAUCGUUUUCCGAAGCGGAAGGACGCCUUUGAGCAGUGGCAGCGUUCCCUUCAGUUGGACGAUGCUGAAGCGACCCUACUAAUGCAACGAUUCGUCGUGUGCACGUUACAUUUCAAGACUUCUGACUAUCGGAAUUCAACCUCCCGUAUGCUUAACACAGUAGCUAUUCCUACGUUGUCGAUUAACAACAAAGCUGCCUUCUACGACGCACCCACUUCCGCAGUCGGUAUUGUUUGUAGUAGUACCGGCAACGCUGGUGGCAGUAGCAACGUAAGAACAUGUUCAAAUUCUACCAAGAAACCGGUAGAAGAAUUUAUGCCAAAGAUCGAAAGCCCCAAAAGUGACGACCAAGAAGGUAUAUUAAUCAGCAGUUCUUUAAUUAUUGAACGUGUUGAGCCGCCGGAAGCUGUGGUGGAAGUUGAGAGUGAGGAGGACAUGAUUUACUUUAUUGAAGAAGAGGUCCCUCCAACCGAAACCACAGAAGCCGAUCCGGACGUUGAAAAUCGAUUGCGGGAAAGCUCCCCAAUUGAAUCAUCUAAAGCAAAAAGAUUCAAACUGGAAAGCUGGGAAAUCGACGCAGAAUUAAACGAACAGCCCGACACGAUCGAAGAGAUACCAAUCGCUUUGCAACCUGCGAUAGAAUACCGAAACUCCUUGGUCCAAACGGAUGAUAUUGAGAUCGUUUCCCAUGAGGAUCAGCUGCAUCGUCGGAUGGUAGACGAAUGUUAUCCGGAGUACGCAGGCUACAGUCGUUUGGAUUUCGCAAAACAGCUCAAGGAAAAGGAUGAUCGUCUGGCAGAGUUGACGAAGAAGUUGUCCAAUUUUGAAACCGCACAUGCCGCGAUGAUGAAAACGAUGGAAGCGUUCAAGACGCUGGUGAACUGA